UUUCAAAUGGUGGAGGAGUAUUACCAGGUUAUACUCGAGUUGGAGAAGAAUUACGAGCUGAAUCGUCGCCCUCUCUCUAUUGGAAAAAACUCAAGCAAAUCGUCAGCGGGACAGUGGACCACGCUGGGGAGAUGCGAAACUGGCAAGCGGCAAAGGGACGUAAAGUAAAUGACGAGAGCUGCCCGAAUGGCAUACCUAGAUUCUGGCUGAUUGCUUUCGGUAAUAGCUCCAUGCUGUCGCAAUGGGUAGAACCACACGACCAAGCAGCACUCCACAAGCUGACAGAUGACGUCUCAUUCACACUAAAGUUCCAUUUCGAUGAGAACCAAUUCUUUCUGAACACUGUCCUUACGAAGCGCUUCGACCAUCGAGAGGAAGAAGCGCAUGAAGCGUGGCACAGUGCGCUUAGUCAAGGAAGAGCAUCCAAAUAUUAGAGCAAGUCUCGAAGUGCUCGGCGUACACUGAUUAAGGAUUUUAAAAUUGGAAACUUUUUGCACACCAAAUUUAUACCAAAGUCGGUGGUCUACUUUGCUGGUGAAAAUGACGAUAAGGAUGAUGAAGAAGGUGACGAACCUGAAGAAGAAGGUGAUGAAUCUGAAGAAGAAGAAGACGAGUUUGAUGUACAUUGA